CAAUUUACAGAUCCCCAACAUCACCAAUCUCCAUACCAAUUUCCACCAUUUUUUUUAUCGCAUAACAUUUCCUCCACUCUCUCUCUCUCUCUCUCUAGAUAUGUUAGUAAGUGAUUAUAAAAGCACAAGAGCUUUUUCUUCUUUUGCUUCUUUUGCUUCGUUUUUACUUAUUACCCCUUGAGGUGUUGGCUUUCUCAUUCAUUAUGCUUAGUUUUCCAUUGCUGCAUUUGAACGCCCAGGCACAGACACCAUGAUCCACCGCCAACCUCAACCAUUCUUGUUCUUCUUCUUCAUCUACUCCAACAACAACAACAUCAACAACCCAAUUUAUUGUUUUGGGUAUUGUGUUCUUCGAUUGACAUGGGCUGCGGAGGCUCCAAGGUGGAGGACCUUCCUCUGGUGACACUAUGCAGAGAGCGAAAGGAGUUCCUCAAAGCCGCAUCUGAACAACGUUACGCUCUCGCCGCAGCCCACAUCGCUUACUUUCACUCCCUCAGGGACAUCGGCGACGCCCUUACUAAAUUCGCCGACCAAGACCUCUUUUUCUCCGGUUCUUCCUCUCCGGUUCUCACAUUGCCCUCCGAUGAACACAAACCCAAGAAGAAGAACAACACUUCCUCUUCUUCCCCUUCCAUUUCCAUUUCCCACGCCGAUUCCCUCGAGGAGGGCUCUCACUUGCAUUUGUCCUCUGGAUCCGAAUUGAGCUCUCCUUCCUCCGAUCACAUUCACCUUCACCAUAGCCCCGAGCCCAAACACAAGCCCAGGCACAGGCCCAGGCCCGACCCCGACCCAGAGCCCGAUACACCACCUUCUUCUUCUUCUCCUCCUCCUCCUCCUCCUUUUGAGUAUCACUAUUAUCAUCCCCAAGAUUGGAACCAACCACCCGGGAUGAACACUUACGCAUACUACAUGAAGAGUUCUGCACCUCAUGGAAAGUCGAUGGUGUACGAGGAGGAAGAGAGACACGUGGCAAAAACUGGGCAAUGGACCUCUGAUUCACCAAAUGGGUAUGGUUAUGGUUAUGGGUAUGGGAACGGUGGUUUCUUUGGGUCUCCGGCGGGGGAUUACAGUUAUUAUUCUCAGGCGGGGCCGUCGUCUUCGCCGGCUCCUCCUCCUCCACCUCCGGCACCGCCUUCGCCGCCUAGAGUCUCCACUUGGGAUUUCCUUAACUUUUUUGACAGCUACGAUUACGGUUAUCAGGGAAAGUACGGGAUUGGAUCGAUUGCGAGUAGUCCUGAUUCGAAGGAGGUUAGAGAAAGGGAAGGGAUUCCUGAAUUGGAAGACGAGACUGAACAUGAAGUUGUGAAAGAGGAGAUUCGUCACAAGGAGAAGAAAAAGUUUGCAGAUGAAAAGCCCCAAAAGGAAAAAGUUGUUAAAGGCAGAGACUUCGGUGAGGGUACUUCGAAUUCCAAGGCAGUGCCGUUACAACAAGUGAGUAGCAGUGAGGGAAGUUCCAAGACAGUGCGGUUCCAUGGCAGUGAUGGUAGUUCUCUUUCACAUGAAAAGGAGAUUAAAAGCAGUCCUGAUACUGUUGUUUCUGAAAGCUCUCCCGAAGGGAAUGCCCGUAAGAAAGGGGUGAGUUUUGAGGUUGUUGAUGAAGCAACUGUUACAGCGGUGGAUGGUGAGUCUUCAGUGUUGAGUAGCGUAACCACUUUGUCUGCUCAUGGAACCAGAGAUCUCCGUGAGGUUGUUCAGGAAAUAAGAGAUGAGUUUGAGACAGCCUCCAAUUGUGGAAAAGAGGUUGCUCUGCUGCUUGAGGUUUGCAAACCACCUUAUCGGUCAAAAGUUGCUGCAUUUAGAGUUAUCUUUUCCAGGAUCUUGCAGAUGGUAGCACCUUCCGGGUUACCUUCGCAUCCUCCUUCUAGGCCACCAAUACAAUAUUCUUCUAGGGCAAUGAAAUUGGCAAAAGCAUACUGUGGGGAACCUGGGGAUGACUUCAAGGCCAAUACGGAAAACCUUUCAUCUACAUUGGAGAAACUUUAUGCGUGGGAAAAGAAAUUGUAUAAGGAAGUUAAGGAUGAAGAGAGGUUGCGAGCUAUUUAUGAGAAACAAUGCAAGAGACUGAAAACAUUGGAUUAUCGAGGUGCUGAAACUAGUAAAAUUGAUGCUACUGAGGCAUCAAUAAGGAAGUUGCUGACAAAAAUGAAUAUUUGCAUCAGAACUGUUGAAGCUAUAUCAGGGAAGAUACAUAAAUUGAGGGAUGACGAAUUGCAGCCUCAACUUGCAGAAUUGAUCAAUGGGUUAAUAAGAAUGUGGAAAUUCAUGCUCAGAUGCCACCAGAAACAGUUCCAAGCUAUCAUGGAGAGUAAAACUCAGUCGCUUAAGAUUAACACUGGUUUGCAAAGAGAUGAAGGUUUGAAGGCUAUCUUAGAACUUGAAAAGGAGCUUCUGAAUUGGUGCAGUCAGUUCAACAAUUGGGUUAAGACUCAAAAAUCUUAUGUCAAAAAUUUGAAUGAGUGGCUCAUCAGGUGCCUUCAUAAUGAACCUGAAGAAACAGCUGAUGGUAUUGUCCCUUUCUCUCCAAGUCGGAUUGGAGCCCCACCAGUUUUCAUAAUUUGCAAUGAUUGGCAUCAAGCAAUGGAUAGAAUUUCAGAAAGAAUGGUUGCAGAUGCCAUGCGUGAAUUUGCUUUAAAACUACAUGAGCUAUGGGAGAGGCACGAUGAGGAGCAACGCCAGAGAAUAAAAGCAGAGUAUCUCACAAAGGACUUUGAGAAACAGAUUAGAACUUUGCGUUCACAAAUGGGAAGCUCAGAACAUGAGCAUGAUAAAGUUUCAGGAAAGACUGCAUUGUCGAAGCUUCAUUCUGAUAGUGGUGUUUCACCACUGGAUGAUCUAAAGGUGGAUUUAGAUUCUAUGAGGAAGAGAUUACAUGAGGAGAGGGUCAGGCACAAAGAAGCCAUUAAGCUUGUUAAUGAUGCAGCUUCUAAUAGUUUACAAGCUGGUUUGAUUCCCAUUUUUAAGACAUUAGAAAGUUUCACUUCGGAGGUGGUGAAGGCUCAUGAGCAAGUCAGGCUUCAAAAUGCUGGGGACUCGUAGAGAUGCUGGCUAUUUGGUUUCUUUUGACGUCAUGAGAUUGCAUUUACUAGUGUGGAUUGAUUGGGGAAGUAUAGAGAGCACAUGGAAGAUUUAGAACUAACCACCAGUUUUGCAGCUAUAGUUAAUCUUAUUCUGUAGGAAAGCACCCUUUGAUAUACCCUGAAGAGGUUUGCUUUGAAUAAUUUUCAGCAAUGAAGGCCUUUGGGUGCCUAAAUGUCAGGAAGUGGUCAUAUUGAACACAGCUCCUGUUACACCCAAUCUACAGUUAGGUAAAAAAUUUGUACAGAAAAAUUCAUUUAUUUGUUGAUUGUUUGUAGUUGAUUGUAUAUGUUGUUGCACAUGCUUAGGAGUAGGAUCUUAUCAGGAGGAAGCAGGGGAUGUUAGUAGAAGU